CCGUCUCACCCACCCUGAACUGAUGCUAAGGCAUACUACAUGUUGGUGGCGUGCGCUUCUACUAUGGGGAAAGCAGAAUUCGAUGAUUGUAUGCGCUCAUAGCAUGCAUCGACGCGUCGCGCCAGUGCCUAAUGCAUUGGACCCCCUCUACAAGCACUCAUGCGUCGUCUCAACGUCAUCAUGUUCGCAUUCAACUGUGACAUCGUUCCUCCACCUUUAAACGACAUAAAGGUCGCAAUCACUACAAACAUAUCUCAACAUGCUUCGACUUUUCUCAAGAAACCUUCCCUCAGCUACCAACUCCAUCACAUCAACAUUACGGACAAAUCAAUUCCUUCCAAGAACUACAUACCAAAUUGUCAGAAACAUGGGUAAUGGCAAGGCAAACACCGAUGAGCUCAAGGGCUCCAAGCUCUUUGAUGUUUCUCAUGUUACUGCUCUCGUUACUGGUGGAGGAACUGGUAUAGGUUUGAUGAUCACACAAGCACUAGUUGCAAACGGCGCGAAGGUCUACAUUACAUCAAGACGUGAUGAAGUACUGAAGAAGACGGAGGAGCUGUACAGCGGCGGUGGUCCAGGACAGAUCAUUCCUAUCCAAGCAGAUGUCAGCGAGAAGAACGAUGUAAAGCGCCUCUACGACGAGAUGUGCCAAAAAGAGCCCAAAGGCAUCCAAAUCCUCGUCAACAACGCCGGCAUCGCCCGCGACGACAACACCAAGUUCUCCGCCAACGGUCAGCCAGAUAUGGAGGACGCACAAGCCAUUUCCGACCAUUUCCUCAAGUCGCAGCCCGAGAACUGGGCCGACACCAUGAAGACCAACGUCGGAAGCAUAUUCUGGAUGUCCAUGACUUUCCUGCCUCUAUUGGCCAAGGGCGGCAAGGUCACUCCGGGAUACAGCUCGCAAGUCAUCAACGUUAGCAGUAUCUCAGGAUACAUGAAGGGUAGCAGCAACGGCCAGUUCUCUUACGCGUCGAGUAAGGCGGCUGCUACGCAUUUGAGCCGUAUGUUGGCUACGACGUUUGUUGGUACUAAGGUUCGCGUCAACACUAUCGCGCCUGGUGUUUUCCCGAGUGAGAUGACCACCGGCACUUCCGACGAGGACAACAAGAGCAAAAUCGAAUCCGGCAUGAGCAACCCCGCGGGUCGUCCCGGCGCCGACACCGACAUGGCUGCGACUGUACUCCUGCUGGCUGGUCCAGGCGGUGUUUUCUUCAACGAGCAGGUCUUGUACCCCGACGGCGGAAACACACUCACACAGCCCGCAGCAAGGGCUUGAUCGUCCACUCAUGAGCAGCCUCAAGAGUUUAGAUGUAUAGACUAGAUACGACACAAUGAAUGUAGAUGACAACGAUAAUGUAUACCUUGUUUUCUGUGUCGCGUCAGCUUCGUGUUCCCGUUCUAAUCAAACGCGUCUUUUCGCAGGUUUGCCCUGCCCCACCCCGCCGAAGCCUUCCGAAACCCCACCACAAGCGCAAACUCUUUCACGCUACACUGCCACCACGCAUCCCAGCGAUGCGUAAACUUGUGCGUGUUGACCGACAGCGAGAAUGACAA